AUUCAGUUUUUUAUUUUUAAUACCGUUACAUUUUCAUAAUGCGCUUGAACCUUUAUUCUGUUAAACCGUCGUUUAGAUUAUCAACUUGUUCUGAUUCUUCAUUUGAGUCAUUGCCACUUGAUAACGACUGCUUUCGUGAAUAAAUAUGAGCGCGUUUAACAGGUUGUUGAGUUUACUUACUUUUUCUCGUGAGAAAAAAUAUGUAUAUUUUUGGCCUCUGUCGGUCGUUAUACAUGGUACCUUAAAUAGGGAAUAAUUGUAGCUCAUUCACAACUUCAUCCAGGGCUUCAUGUUAUGAAUCGGUGUAGUUGAACCACGUUCACUAAAUAGGUUGCUUAACCAUUCCGUUACUUUGGCACAGCUGAUUAGUAAUGACUGAUAAAUCUCAUAAUGGCGUUUCUGAUUAUGACAUGCUGUGAAUCAUUUGGUAAAACUGCAUUCGUUUUUAUGACUAGUUUUGCGUGUUUUGCGUUAGGAGUCAAGUUAUUUAAAUUUGCUUUGAGUGGCUAAUAUUACCGUUUAAUGCCAAUAAAUAUAUACAUAUGCAUACAUAUGUGUUAAGUACCAAGUGAAAAUGGAAAUCAGACCUUAUGAUAUGCGAAAUUCAGCAUAAAUGGUGUGGGUGAAGCUAUAAUGUAUAGACGAGCUUUGAGCGACGUUAAAGUGACUCUUAGAAUGUCGACCUACUUUCUGGGUCUAAAUUAAGGUUACAAAGCAGUUUGAAGAAUAAAAAUUAUGAUUUACAGUUCACGGUUAAAGGUAGGAAUUGUAAUUAGGGUCUCCACCACGAACUGUCAUCAGUUAAAUUGCCAAAACGCUAUUCGGCGAAUUGAUAAGUGAAUUUUGCUCUAAAAUCCGAAACCUGUUAUCCCAAAUCUGAUUAGUUCGUCCAUAAAUUAUAAUCUCACGUUUUUGUUAAAAACUUUUCUGGCUUUUAUACUGGCGUCGGCGUUUCCGAUCUCUUAUUGGGUUUAUAGGGUCACUUAAGUGUUACUCAGCACAGCGCUUUAUCAGUUGCUAGUCAAAAUUUUGUCAAUGAAGAUUUCACAAUGUACUAAGUUUCAUGAAACAGUUCAGUCUUUAAGGCUAUUUAAGUUGUUAUUGACAUCCACAACCAGUUAACACUAAUUAAUCUCUCAUGACACCAUAUGAUGACAGUCAAAACAUUUUUUCAAGGUACUUAUGUAUAAUGACAUGCACCUUAUUUACAAGCGAUAGAGAUUCAUCUUACAGCGUGUUAACAUAUGAAUAUUCCACGACGUUAUAAUCCGUCUGUGUAUAUAUGACCUACUGUUCAACAAGAUCGCUAACAUUGGUGACCACCCUUAUUUUAUCUUUUCUAACAAACGGUUUGAAUAUUUGUAAUCAUUAUCUUACCUCAUACUUUUUCAUGGCUAACAUAUAUCUAUGGAGGCCACUAAAUGUAUAUAUAAGCUGUUAACCCUGCUAAAAGUCAUAAGAAAAUGAAAUAUUUUGUGCAAUCCCAAUGUGAUCCAACAAUAUGAAUUUACAUUUCAUGAAACAAAAGUUGGUUUCUUAAACUAUCUGAUCGAUCUUUUUUUUAUGCAGUGCUGCCCAUUACUGUAAAAACGUGUUUAUAGUUUAGUUAGCUACUUAAAUUUACCAAUACUUAUUUACUCUCGGUGACUUGAGUCUGAGCCAAAGGAGAAUUUAUUUGUAGAGGUAUGAUUUAAAACCCAUAGGUAUGACUACAUGAUAAGACUGCACACUACCAGUAACUCAAAUAAAUCAAAUAAGUCACUAUGACAGUGAGGUUGAGACAAACUUAGAUAUUUUAGAAAUUUGUGGCCCGAAGUGGAAGGAUUAACAGAGUAGGUGAUGUAAAAAAAUAAAAAGAUGCUAAUUUGGUUUUAUAAACAAUAUCUAAGCGAUUAUCAACAGUAUCGCACUACAAUUGGAUUCAGAGAAUUGUGAGCAAAAACGGAAACAUCACUUUACAAUAUCCAGUAGAUUACUUGAUUGCUUAGACGGUUAAUCAAUUGUAUCCAUUUACAACUGUAAAUACAUCUUACUUUUUCUCUCUUUUAGAUUUCUACAUGUAUAUUUUUACCACAAUACCUCGAUAACAUACAUUUAGAAUAGGCCAGAAAAUUCAAAUAUUGGACAUCAUAGAUGAUACAAACUAAAAGUUCGUGGACUCCAUUGGUGAACAAAGACGCAAAUAAAACGGUAUUGUUUUGUUUAAUUCCUCCAUUACUUGUCAGUUUUAGCUUUUUGAAGAACGAAAACAUCUUAUUUUAGCUUGGUUUGCCAAAUGGUCAGAAAGUCAAAGAAAGGAGUUAAUGACGAAACUUUUUGAGUUAUGCACUCAGAAACAACUUGAGUCACUUUUUCACAAUAUAGAAAAUAAAAUUCCUUUAUACCAAAUAGAUUUUACUAGAAUACUACCAAGAGUUCUAUGCAUUUAUCUGUUUUCUUUUCUGGAUCCUAGAAGUCUCUGUCGCUGUGCACAGGUAUCAUGGUAUUGGAGAUAUCUAACUGAAUCAAAUGAAUUAUGGGCAUCGAAGUGUUUAAGAUAUGGAUGGGAUUUAAUCGCUUCACAUAGUCAAUGGGAACCUGGAAUUUGGAAGAAGCAUUAUAUUCAAAACAUACGUUAUCUUCAGUUUCAUAUUUCAGAGAAAUCAAUCAAUAAAGAAAAUGGUGACACAAAAGAAAGAUGUCCAGAAGAACUAUUCAAUAAAAGAUGUCAUACAUUGAAUUUUGUAAAUAAUCAUCAUCAGGAUCAUUAUGAGAACAAUAAUAUUGAUACUACCAUUAAUACUACUGCUACUACUACUACUAAUAGUAGUAGUACCAGUAGUAACCAUGGUGAUUAUGAUAAAAAACAGGAUAUAAAUAGAAACUAUAAAAUGAUUCAAUUAACUGAUACAUCUAAAUUAAUACCAUGGCGUGCACCAAGUCGUAAACCAUCGGAUACUCAUCGUUUUAAUUAUUUUGAUAAUAAUGAAACAAUCAAGCUAAAAUCUUCUAAAAAUGAAUUUCAAUAUCGGUUCAGUAAUAGUGCUGGGUCAACAAGAAAGAAGUACUCAUUAUCAUCAUCAUUACCACCGCAAAUUGAUGAUAUUUACAGUAAUGGUAUUAAUGGUAAUGUUCAUAAUCUGUUUAAGCAUGAAACAAUACAGAAAUCAACAUGUCCUAAUAUUUCAAUGUUCACAAGUCAUCAUAAUUCAAUCACAUUACCUUGGAAACCCACAUCUACAUAUCCUUCUGGAGCAUAUUAUCUUAAUACAGAAAAAAUACAACCACUACAAUAUAGUAUGAUUAAAAAAUAUUUUAAUCCUAAUUCUAACUUUAAAAAUAGUUCAAAAUUUAAUAAAAUUGAGAAUAAUGAACCGCUAAAUCAGAAACUACAUUUGAACAACUCAAAAUUGAAUGGAUCAAAUAAACAACUGGAUCAUGAAAUCCACAUGAUCAAUUUUUCAGAUAAUAAACAAACCUAUGGAAAAUCGACGGUUUUGGAAGAAUUGAAUUCUCAAUAGUAAACAUAGUAAUAAUAAUAAUUCUUCACACAUGAAAAUAUACUACUACACUACAAUAAUGAGUAGUUUUAAUUAAUUUGUAAACUGUAAAAUCAAUCAUGUUUACUUUUCCAUACUGAAUGAAAAAUACAUUUCCUUUUUUGUUUUUUAAAAAA